CAAGUGCCAAAGGAAUGAACUUCCUGAUCUGUUUUCCUUAGUUACCAGGGCAUGUUUGGACAGGACUGAAGCCCUGGUUACUAAUGAAAUGCUCUUGUAAAAAGUGAUGCAGUAUCUUACUUCAUCUCCCCCACUCUUUUUCUUUUUCUUCUUCUUUUUCUUUUUUUACAUGUUCUUAAGGUACAUCAGUGCAAAGCAGCUGCAGCAUGCAAGCUGCCUUCUGAAGAUUGGAUUGUGUAUCCUAGUCUUUCCUGAUCUAAGCAAAAACAUCGCCUUGGCUGUUUUUAUUUCAGAACUUGUGAGACUUGGCAGCUGUUCUGGAGAAAUGUCCCCUGUGUAACCCCAGCUCCUGUACCAUGUACCAGUCUGGGUUUGUGCCACGGGAGUAUUACCCAACUGUGAUCCCACCUUCCGCCUGCGCCUACCUACCACUGCGAACCGGGAGAGCAGAUGACACAACCAACUCUGUGAUGUUCCCUCCCAUCCACAUGCACAACCUCUACAGCCGUCCUAUCACCUUUGUGGUGGACAGGAACAGCUACCCUGACUAUGCAGGAAAUCAGGUGGAGUAUCAUCAUCUCUACAGUGCCUCCAAUCCCUACUUCCAUCCGUACUACACCUGGCACUUUCCCCCUGUGGUCCCCAUCCCUCUGUACAAUCCCUAUGCAAGCUAUAAUCCUUACACGACCUACCAGAGGCCAGAUCAGUAUCGAGAAACUUGGCCAGAAGGCUUCACGAUGAGAGGGGAGCUUCAAUGGGGGAAGCUUGGGAAGGUGUUUGGACCAAGGAAAGAACUCCCAGAAUUUGUGAAGGAUGAUCUCCGGAGGGCUUAUGGCACCUACCCACGGACCAGUGUCUCCAUAACUUACAGGAAUGGGGAGUUCUUGGUCAAAGGAGACCCCAAGGUAGGAGAGCAGGAAUACACAGUGGAAAAGAAAGUCAUCCAGCGGGCUCUGACCCCCAGUGCCAGUGAGGCAGAUGACAGCAGUGAGGACCGGAACCGGAAGAAGAAAAAGAAAUUGAGACGUUGAUGUAGUCAGUCACCUCCUGGGCAGAUGCCCCAGAGCCCUCAUGGGAGCCAGUUGGCAGCUGUCCUUGAUGCAGCUGGGAAGUAGUACAAGCAAUGGAUGCUGCCAGUCCUGUUGGCUUUUUACUGCUCCCUAUCCUCCACAAGCUUAUGGCAGCUUUACCUGGUGUAAUGUGUCGUGCACAAUGCCCAUCCUGUGAAGAAACUGUGUGGCACUUGACUCUGCCCAUCCUGUGAAGAAACUGUGUGGCACUUGACUCUGAGAUCAGCCCUUCGGUCCUGGCUUUGAAAUGAAUGUUCGUUUUCCACUGCUUUGAGUGAUCACAGUCUGGUGGGGGGAGAUUUCCAGAUAGCAGCCAUUAAUAGAAGAUGGGCCUCUUCCUUCACUGUCCAAGGGAAGUUCCUGGAAGCUGGCUCUGUUCCUGGCAGUCCCAUAAGGAGACCAAAACUGAAUUUCCUCUGAGUUGGAAGCAGUGCAGGUCCCAGAGGGGAAAGUUCUUAAACUGUAAAAAGGGUGAUUGCCUGCAUAGCUUGUCACUGCUGUUUCAUGGCCAUACUGUGGUGCUUAAUCACCAUGUGAUGCCUGUACACAACACUUCCCUACAUGCUGGCAGAAGAUCUUGGUGUCCCUGUCCCUUUACACUUGGUAAUCUGGUGCUUAGUUCUCCUGGCAAUGUGUCGUUGUUCAAAUCACUGCUCAAGACCCUACUCUGGGUCUGACUUGGCUCUGGCUGGAGGUGCUGAUUCUCCAGUCAAGUUACUGGAGUUGUGUAAACCACAGUGCUUCUACAGGUUGGUCUCUUGGAAGGUGGACUUCAGAGAGUUGUGGAAACCUGGAGGGGUGUGAGGGACUUGCUUACAAACUUCUGUACCUUUUAAAUCAUUGUAAAUAACCAAUAAAAAACCCAAAUGCAAAUA